GUUCUGGGCACAAGUCCAUUAUUUCUGACAGAUAUGGAUCUGAGUGAAGAUAAAUUAGGAGACCUGGAUUGGGAGAAAUUCUCAGCUCUUUUGAUGGACUCUCAUAGCAAACUGGAGACAAUGAAGCUGAAUAAUUGUGAGCUGACAGAGAAAAGCUGUUCAGUUCUAGCUAUUGUUCUCUCCUCCAAAACCAUCCUGAAAGAGAUGAACCUGAACAACAGUCGUCUGCUGGACUCAGGAGUCAAAGAGAUCUGUGAGGGACUGAAGAAUCCUGUGUGUGAGCUGAAGAUACUCAAGCUCAGUAACUGUGAUCUAAAUAAGGAAAUCUGUUCAGCUCUUGCUUCAGUUCUCAGUUCAGACUCCAGCAGUCUGAUGGAUCUUGACCUGAGCAAUAAUAAUCUGCAGGAUCCAGGAGUGAAGCUACUCUCUGUUGGACUGAAAGAGAACUGUAAACUAAAGAAACUCAGGUGA